AUGGCCCCUAGUCGCUUUGAUCCACACAGAAAAGACCGAGCGAGAUAUAAUAAGAGAACACGCACACUGUUAUCCAAGGCAGAUGAGCUGGCGAAGCUCUGCAAUGCUGAUGUUUAUCUGAUCAUGAGUCAUCCACGUGGCACAACAGUUUACAACUCAACCGGGAACCCUAAUUGGCCUCCACCAGAUUCAGCUCUCGAGACUCACAGUCCGGGCCUAAAACGAGAAUCCCAGGCUAGUAUGACUGGUCCUUUGACUGACCCUGUUGUCGAAGAGUUGAAACGGCUCUGUGGAUACUUUGCCUUACGGGAAAAGCUUUUGAAAGAGAUAUCGACUGAGGAAUCCAUGUAA